AUGUUCUGGUAUUUAUUUCUGACGGCGGGGUUUUUGUGUUUUUUGCACUUAAUAUGUAAUUACAAUGAAAAAGCGAGGAAGAUUAGAAAAAUGCCGGGUCCAAAGGAUUCGUUUAUAUUAGGAAAUGGACCUGCUGUGAUGCGAUCCUCAGUUGCUCUCAUGGAUUUGGCGAGAGAAUUGGCAAAUACUAAUUCUGGAAUAUAUAGACUCUGGAUACCGCCGUUUGGUGCUGUGAAUAUUUACAAUGCCAAUGAUGUUGAGAAAAUAGUAUCAAGCAUGAAGUUCAAUGAAAAAAGUCAAGUUUACAGGGUCUUGAGGCCUUGGCUAAAAGAUGGUUUACUUGUAAGCAAAGGGUCAAAGUGGCAGGAGAGGAGAAAAAUCCUGACGCCCACUUUCCAUUUCAAUAUUUUGCGUCAAUUUUGUCAAGUUUUGGAAGAAAAUUCGCAGCGCUUUGUGACAAAUCUCAAAAACGUUGCUGGUCGACCAGUAGAUGUAGCUCCUAUCAUUUCGGAAUUCACGCUCAGUUCUAUUUGUGAAACUGCAAUGGGCACCCGAUUGAGUGAUUUGAGCACAUCAGAGAUGAACGCAUACAAAGACGCGAUAUACAACUUGGGAUACAUAUUCUACCAAAGAUUUAUCAAAGUAUUCUAUUUUGUGGACUUUAUAUUCAACCUGUCGCCACUGAGUAGGAGGCAGGAAGGGUAUCUAAAGACAGUGCAUGGCUUCACGAAGAAGGUAAUACAGGAAAGAACCGAAUACAUUGAUAAGUUUGGUGUACCAGAACAGGAUGUAACCGAAGAUGACUACGUGUACAAGAGAAAAAAGAAGACUGCCAUGUUGGAUUUAUUAAUUACCGCUAAAAAAGAAGGAUUAAUUGACGAUAGUGGAGUGCAAGAAGAAGUCGACACGUUUAUGUUCGAAGGUCACGAUACCACGGCGAGUGGGUUGACUUUUUGCUUCAUGCUGUUAGCACAUCAUAAAGAUGCACAGAACAAAAUCGUAGAUGAAUUGAAAGAAGUCUUAGGAGAUUUUAAACGUCCAAUCACAAUUGAAGAUUUACCGAAGAUGAAGUAUUUGGAGCGUUGUGUUAAGGAAUCGUUGCGGUUGUACCCUCCAGUGCAUUUUAUCAGUAGGAGCUUACACGAAGAUGUGAUAUUGAGUGACUACUUAGUACCAGCUGGAACAUUCUGCCAUAUACAUAUCUAUGACUUGCAUCGCCAACCGGAUCUGUUCCCCAACCCGAACAAGUUCGACCCUGACAGAUUCCUGCCUGAGAACAGCGUUGGAAGGCAUCCCUAUGCUUACAUCCCCUUCAGUGCUGGGCCUAGGAAUUGUAUAGGUCAGAAAUUCGCCAUGAUGGAAAUGAAGAUGGCUGUGGCAGAAGUGUUACGAGAGUUUGUGCUGGAGCCGGUCACUCAUCCUGACGACAUUCGGAUCAUUACUGACGUUGUACUGAGAAACGACGGGCCCGUCGAAGUCACCUUUGUAAAACGACAGUAA